ACGACAGCCAAGAAAGAUACAGAUCCUGUAGCUUCUCCCCCGGAACACAGCCAUUUCCGAAAGUGGUGGAGACAGGCCCUCAAUUUCUGGAAUGCUGGAAAGCAUUUGUCGUCUCAAAAUUGCUGAAAUCGAGCCGUGCUCCGACGAGAUGAAAAAUAUAAGUACGAACCAAGGUCAAAGUCCUGCUCAGGAUAUUCUGGACGAGUUCAAUCGCUAUGUCAUGAACGAAAUUCCAAUUCAUCUGAUCUAUCUUCCAACGAUGGAACUCGUCGGACGGAACUUCGUGAAGAAUCAUUUCCAGGAUCGCAUCAAGGAGAUUACUGAAGAUUUGGUAGUCGAAGCUCAAGCACGCUUCGUGCCGCCGUUGACGAGAGAAAAAGUCGUCCCGACUCUUGUCCGGCGCAAAGUCGAAUAUGGUAUUCUCUCCCAUCGGUGGCUAGAUUCAGGAGAACCUUCAUACCAAGAUAUGAUGGAGAGGAAGCUGUCUGGCGGCUCGGGCUCUUCGAAUGUCGAAUAUUUGUUGUCCAACAUAACGUCUCGGCCGAAGGCCGGUCGUCAUACAUUGCACAUCUCGCACAGUGAGAACAAAGUGCAGAGCCCUGGCUACAAGAAAUUGCAAAAGUGUUGCGAAGAGGCCAGACGUCUUGACCUACAUUUUCUGUGGUCAGAUACAUGCUGCAUUGACAAGAAUAGUAGUGCGGAGCUUGACGAGUCGAUCCGGUCAAUGUUUCGGUGGUACCGAAAUUCGUCCAUCUGCAUCGCGUAUCUCGGGGGGACAACUGUCAUUGAAGACUUGAGAUUGGAAGAGUGGUUCAUGAGAGGAUGGACUUUACAAGAACUCCUGGCGCCCAGGAAGAUAAAAUUCUUCAACAAGGAUUGGCAGCGACUGACCGAUCAAGACGAUGACAAGGAAGAGGAUACUCCUCUCAUGACGGUCCUGCAAGAAGUUACUGGAAUUCCUGAAACAGAACUCAUCGAUUUCGAGCCCGCUCCUCGCUAUAUUGAUAAGCGGAUGACCUGGAAUGCGCAACGAAGAACUACGCGGGCAGAAGACGUUGCUUAUUCGCUCAUGGGAAUGUUUGACGUCAGCCUACAAAUCGCAUACGGAGAAGGUGGAGAGCGUGCAUUUGGGAGGCUUAUUGAAGCCAUCAUGCAAGCUGGCGGGGAUUCAUCGGUGCUCAACUGGGCAGGAGAGCCGGCCAAACAUCAUGCAUCAUUUGCGCUUCCCGCAUCGCCAUUGAGCUUUGUGGGACAUCCCGACAUCGUCACGAUAGGUCGACUUGACCUGAUGUUGACCAGCAGAGGAUUGCGUAUUCCGUUGGUCGUUGUACCGCUUGAAAUGACUAAACCCGAAUUUGAUGGCCGGCCCAUCAUAAAUCCCAAAUUUUACUGUCCACACCAUGGGAUCGGUGAGGUCAAGAUCGACUCCAGAGGUUACGGGUUCAAGCCAAUAUUCAGACAGUAUGCACUAGGCAUAUUCCACUAUAUCCCUGCAGAAGAUUCGGCAAACCCAGGUCUUCCUAAACAAGUGGCAGCUUAUCUCCUGGAAAGAAGUGAGGUGGAUGCACAGGAAGGUGCACCGGUUGGGCUGUCACGACAGUAUCGCUCUUUCGAGGAUGGGUGGAGAAGGAUACCCACCGGAUUCAUCUAUGUGGAACUUCCCGGUGUACCUGAUUUUGCCUCUUUGUGGUACGUUGAUCGCACCUGUCUGGAAACUGUUUACUUGUAGGAACUUUUACGACCAUGCAAAGCAUUAUUAUAUCUAGCUUGAGCUUAGCUGUAUGUACG